AUGACCCAGAAGGAUUUCCCGGUUUUAAAUGACCAAAAGUUGCAAGAACUAGUCCAUGAAGUGAGCCAAUUCGGAUUAUCAAAUGGCUUAGUAAUGUAUCCACCUGCUCCAUACAAGGACUACGAACCCGUUCUGGCACCUAUUACUAUAUUCCCAACGCCGUUUCCACGGAAACAAUUUGAAAAAAGUUACGAUAUUCAGAAAAGCUACAAUAAACUAUAUGCUAACGUUGUUUCUGAGAAAAAAUGGUUGGAGGGUAUCAUUGAGAAGUUAUCAAUUCAUGAUAAACCUUUUACUGGAAAACUAUGGGAUUGUUACCAAAAGGCUCUGGAAAAAGGUAUUCCUCAAGAUGUUUCUCUUGCUUUGACGAGAUCGGACUAUAUGUAUGAUGAGACCUUGAACUUAAUAAAACAGGUGGAAUAUAACACUGUGAGUGUUUCGUUUGGUGGAUUGAGUCCAAAGGUUGGCCAAGCACACACUUACUUAAACAAAAUAGGUGCCUACACUGGUGUGCCACUAUCCCAAUACUAUGAAGAAAACGAGCUACCAAUAAGUGAAAGUGAUAAAAAAUUGGCACGAGGACUUCAUUCUGGGGUUAAAUAUUACAAUGACAAGUACUUAAAAGGGGAAAACAAGUCAAUUGUUCUAAUGGUUGUCCAGCCAUCUGAAAGGAACGCAUUUGACCAGAGAAGCAUCGAAUAUAAUUUACUCAAUGAAUUCAAUGUUCUCACUAAAAGGGUGGAAUUGCCAAGUGUCUCGAGGUUGGUUCAUAUCGAUCCAAACAGUCGUAAAUUGUUUUAUCAGGGGUAUGAAGUAUCUGUCGUUUAUUACAGAUCGGCAUAUGGACCAGCAGAAUUUGAUUUACCAGAAACAUGGAGAUGUAGAAGCAUGCUCGAAUCCACUUUAGCCAUCAAGUGUCCUUCCCUGUUGACCCAAUUGAGCGGCUCAAAAAAAGUACAACAGCUAUUAACUAAGCAGGACAAUCUAUCACUAUUCUUAAAUGAUAAGGAAAUUGAGUCGCUAGGCGAUUCAUUCUGUAAGAUCUAUCCGUUGGAUGAUAGUGAAGAUGGUAGUCUAGCCAAGAAGUUAGCAUUUGAAAGCCCGGAAAAGUUUGUGUUAAAACCACAAAGAGAGGGUGGGGGCAAUAAUAUCUAUAAGGAAGAAAUACCAUUGUUUCUUAAAUCUAUCCAAGAAAAUGAAUGGGAAGCAUAUAUUUUGAUGGAACUGAUUAAUCCUAAAAUCCAUGAAAAUCUAAUAUUAAGAAACGGUGAAGUGUUGAACGAUGGCAUAGUUUCAGAGUUGGGUGUAUUCGGUAGUUAUCUGUUCAAUGAAAAUACUGGUGAAAUUAUUGAUAACCAGGUUUGUGGCCAUCUACUGAGAUCGAAAACUAGUUCAAGUAAUGAAGGUGGUGUUGCUGCAGGCUAUGGCUGUGUUGACAAUAUGUACCUCUACUAA